AUGAGCGUGCGUCAUCGCGCUCAGAGCCGCCCCCGAUUGACGGCGCCCGCGGCCAACGAGCGAGCAGCUCCGCUGAGCCGGCUGCCGUUGGGCGCGGGCGGAGCGUCCCCGCCACCAUAUUCAACAGUUAAUAGUGUCGCGAGCGCCGUAGGAGGAAGGUGCUUUCGCGGCUCCGUCCGUGCUCCGGUCCGCCGUCCCGUCCGCGCAGCGAGCCCGCCGGAUCCCAGAUGGUGGACCCGCGCUGUGCUCGGCUGCGCCUUCCUUCCGGCGCGCAGGCACCGGCGGUACCGACCUCGCCCCUUGGUCUCAGAUCUCCUCCUCGCGCCGGCUGGGCUCCCGGGGCCGCACUCGCCCCUUCUCCGCUCUCCCGCGGCGGAUGGAGGGCGGCGAUCGACCCGGACUUGGAGCCGCUGCUCCGGCCGGACCUGCGCCCGUCCAGCUCUGCCGCUUCCAGUCUGGCGCCGUCGGGCAGCGCGACCGGGUCGCGGAGGCCGCGGAGAGCCCGGCCGGGAGACGGCUCCUGCCGCCGCGGAACUGCGGCGGAGCGUCCAGAGCGGGCCCCGCUUCAGGGGUGAAGGCGACAGCGACGGCUCUGCGGGCCAGAAGGUUGUAUGUACCUUGAGGGAGUUUGAUAAAUACAGACAAUAUCUUACGAGUUUAAAAUUAGAUUUUGAAAAAAACUAUAUAAAAGAACAGGUAAGUUACCCCGAAAAUGAACUAAGAUACGAUAUGAAAAAGAACUUCCAACAUCAGCACUGUCUGGAAGACUCAUGCCAGAAGAUGAUCAUCAAAAAACCCCAACAAAGAUCCACGCACUGCUACAGCUGUAGAUGCACUCAUCCCACCCGUUCCUGGACUUGCCAUGGGAAUGAGGAAGGAGAUAUCUAAGCUGGCCUGUGCAUACAGUAAAACAACAAAUUUGACUGGAUCUAUACUGUUGGAACUCAACCAAGAAUUUGGAGAAGUGCAAAUUGUAGCGCUCCAAAAUCUUACAACUACAGACUAUUUACAGUUAAAAGAACAUAUGGGAUGUGAACAGUCCCCAGGAAUGGGUUGUUUUAAUUUGUCUGAUUUCUCUCAGACUGUUCAAGUUCAGUUGGACAAUAUCCACCAUGUCAUAGAUAAGUUUUCACAAAUGCCUAAGGUGCCUAACUGGUUUACUUGGUUUCACUGGAGAUGGCUGGUAAUUACAGAUAUGCUUUGGUUAUGUAACUAUACUCCUAUUAUGUUAAUGUGUGUGCGCAAUUUAAGUAGUAGCUUAAAACCUAUUCAUGCUGAAGUUACUCUACAAGAAGAUAUGCCAAAGAAAUAAUCAAUCUUCCCAUGUUUUCUUCCGCCUGCUACUUCUAUAGCUUUUCUUCUUCCUUCCUAAUUACAACCCUUAAAUAGAAUUCGUGCCUCAUAUCAAAUUUACCGAGUAUCAUAAUUCUUCCAAGUGGUAAAGAUACCUUGAGACAAAUGCUGGGCAUAGAAGCCACAGGGCAUAAAUAUGCAAAGAUGUAAAAAGCUAACCUUUUCAAACAAUAAGGCUUCUCUCUCACUUACCAACUUCACAUUUCCCUGUAUGGCCCCGGAAGAUGACUGGUUAGCCAGAGACGGGUAAGAUUCCUCAAGGGAGGAACAACCUAAGACAGGCACAGUCGCAGGGGGGCCAUCAGGUGAGAAAUUGGGGAUCAACAGAGGUGAGGCUUAGAACCUCACCCCCCCUGUUCUGAGAGAAAUCUUCUGCAUACGUGGAUGUUUUAUUGCCCUUGUCUAGCUUGGAUUAACACAUAGUCUACAGGCACACACCUGAUCAUCUACAUUUGCUCUCUUACAACACUAAACUAUGUUUUCUACCUUUAUCUUGUAUCUACCUACCACUUCAGCAUUUUAUUAAAAAUAAUAAUAAUAAAGAGAGAAAUGUGGUAUCCACACAUAAAUCAAGUAUAAAAACCAAAUGAGUAUUCAUAUUUGAACUGACUGUUUAGAGUUCAUAAUGCAUGAGCAAAACCGAAAGUUUCUGUGAUGACUGCCCUUGUACUGUUCACCAUGUAACUUAUUCACUAUGUAAGAGUUUGUUCUCCAUGUAAGAACUUGUUUGUUAUGCCUCAGAAGAUUGGAGACUGACGAAAAUUAGGCUUGGGGUGGAUUAAUGAUUGUGCAUUGAGCAUUGACUCCCCUAUACAGAAUUUUAUUGUCGUUAACAACCAUUUGAUCAAUAAAUAUGAGAGAUGCCCUCACAAAAAAAAAAAAAAAAAAGGGCAGACUUCCAAUGGUAAAAUAAAUAAGUAACCGGGAUGUAAUGUAUAGCAUAAGGAAUAUAGUCAAGAUAUUGUAACAGCUUGGUAGGGUGAUAGCUCGAACCUCGAAUUAUGUAUAUAAAUGUUCUACCACUGUGUUGUACACUUGAAACUAAUGUAAUGUAAUACUGUGCGUCAACUACCCUUCAAUAAAAAAUAAUUAUUUAAAAUAAAUAAAAAA